AGUGCUGCGGAGCCUGCCCCCUGCGUUUGAUGCUUGGGUCUGAAUCCCUCUCUGUGUAGGAGGCUCAGAGGACUGCGGGAGGCCCUGCACCGAGGGUCCGAGACCACGGGAGGUCACAGUUAGGCGGCGGAUUCAGACAAGAGGAUUGGAGUUCUUUUGUUAACAGCACUUUAGUCUCAAUUUUUGUCCAUUGGCAUUAAACACACCAGCCUUCCCAGCUCAGUCACUCACGUGCCACCUAAUAAACAUCUCCAUGACCUCACUUCUUGUGUUGGGUCCUUUAAAAUGCAUUUUAAGUUGAACUUUAAUUUUGGUUAGGGGCUUUAAUGUCUGACUCUCAGAAGGAAUUGCAGAGUUGGCAAUUUUUCUCUUGAACAAUUUCAUAAUGUUCUUGUGGCCCUGUUUCGUAAAUCUGAUUCCUUAAGUUUGCAUUUAAAUGGAAUACUAUUCUUGAACUUGUCGGUGUUGCUUUCCUUUUUUAAUAGAAUAACGUCAUCAGUGUUUUCCAGGGCUGGUUGAAACAAAGUUAUUUCAGGCUUCAAAAAGGCUCAGAAGAAAGUUAAAGGCUUAAUGGAAAUCAGGCCUUAUUUAGAGGGUUGGAGGCUCUUUGAAAUCAAACAUAUAAAUAGGUUUCACAUUCUAAAAACGUUGGGCAUUCCCGCUGUGCAAUAACAAGCUUCUUUCUUACACCUCCAGACCUUCCUGAGGAGGUCAGGAGGCCUCUGCUGGGAUCCGGGAAGGGCCUCCUCAGUGCCUAAGCAGCCCAAGCCCUGCCUGAUGUGAGGUGAUCCUUGGAGCCUGGACAAUGACUGCAGCUCAAAGAAGUGCUUCUGCCCUGGUCUCUGGGGCUGGGCAGGGCGCAGAGGUGGGAGCAACUGGUUUUGGGGACGAGGCAUGCUGUUUGCAGGACAGCAGCCUUCUUGGCCCAGAGAUCUUCCGCCAGCGCUUUCGACAGUUCUGUUAUGAGGAGACCCAGGGGCCACGGGAGGCCCUGAAUCAGCUGAGAGACCUUUGUCACCAGUGGCUGCAGCCUGAGAUCCACACCAAGGUGCAGAUUCUGGAGCUGCUGGUGCUGGAGCAGUUCCUGGGCAUCCUGCCUGAGGAGCUGCGGGCUUGGGUUCGAGAGCAGCGGCCCAAGAGUGGGGAGGAGGCUGUGACUGUGCUGGAGGAUCUGGAGAGGGAGCUGGAUGACCCGGGACAGCAGGUCAAAGCCUUUGUAGCCACAAAAGAAGAGAUCCUGGAGGAGGUGGCCCUUCUGGCAGCUGCACAAGAGUCCACUACUGUCUGGUUCACUGCCAUGGAUGGUCAGCUCCGGGAUGAAUUACCAGCACCCCCUGUCCAGCAAGAAGGAGGUGAAUGA